UGUAGAUAAUACCUAAUUUUUUAUCUUUUUGUACUUUCCACCUUUGUUAAAGUUCAUUUUUCACAAAAAAAUUAUUUAAAGCAGUGCAAAAACGUGAGCGCAUCGAAUUAGCAUCAAGUCCAGGUCCCCAAAGUCGACCAUGGCAACAAGGAAAGUGCACAACAUGGACUUCCAAGAAGAUAGCUCAAGUGGCACCGCUGGCAAUGAUCUGGGCCAACGCUAUCGACAUGCUGGGGACUUAACCGGCGAGCCGCCAACCAGGCCAUUCGCAGAGAUCAGCAUUACUGUACCCUGGGGCCACAUUUCUGGCAAAUGGUACGGCCCUCAGAAUGUGCAACCAAUUCUGGGCCUGCACGGGUGGCAAGAUAAUGCGGGGACCUAUGAUCUUCUGAUGCCGCUGCUCUCCCCGGACGUGGCCUUUCUGUCGAUUGAUCUGCCCGGACAUGGAUUGUCUUCACGCCUGCCCGAUGGCUGCUACUACAACUCUGUGGAUAACCUCUAUGUGAUACGCCUGAUCAUGAAGCAAUACAAGUGGGAGAAGGUGUCGCUGGUGGGACACUCCAUGUCCUCCAUCAUUUGCUUUGUGUUUGCUGCCGUCUUUCCCGACAAGGUGGAUAUGAUUAUUGGGAUCGAUGCUUUAAAGCCGCACCAGCGCCCAUAUCCCUCGGUCAUUCGAACCAUGGAGACGCGUCUGGACGAGUUUCUGCGGGAGGAUGAGCGCAACCGCAGCAAGAAUGAGCCCCCAAGCUACACCUAUGAUGACCUCAUUGAGCGCGUCUACCUCGGCACAUUCCAUUCGGUGAACAAGGAGCACUGCAAACACAUAAUGGCACGCAACAUCCAGAAGUCGGAGAAGUACCCAGACAAGUUUUUCUUCUGCCGCGAUCGACGGCUAAAGUUCUAUAACUAUGCCAUUGGCUCCCAGGAGCUGUGCGUGGAGAUGGCCCAUCGGAUCAAGUGCCCGUAUAUGUUCAUCAAGGCCACUCAGUCCUCGUACUUUGAGGACAAGAAAUACUACGACGAGGUGCUCGAGGUUCUGUUAAAGAAGUCAAACUUUGAGUACGUCGAGGCCAAUGGCUCGCACCAUGUGCAUAUGAACAGUCCAGAGGCCAUCAUUGAACCGGUCAAUAACUUCAUUCAACGCUUUGGACCGGCGGCAGCAGCAGCGGAGCGCCAAAAGGCCAAGGAGGCGAAGGAGAGCAAGCUCUAGAGUAUCAGUAUCAGGCCAUACGCCCAUAGCGCACACACACACACACACACACGCACAACUCCAAACGGGUCAAAUGGGGCUUAUUUAUCGUUGCACAGAUUGCACAGGUUUUUAUACUUAAUUGUUGAUUAUGUGAUCGAAGCAAAAGGCUCAGAGCACAGCUCUGCUCUGCUCUGCACUCUGCUAUAAAUAUACAAUGUACAUAUGCCGAAAGGUUGUUCGCUUCCACUCGCCUCCGAAUUAUGGGGAAGUUGUGAAGGAUACUGUGGAACUGGUUAUGCCAAUGGGUGCUUCGUUACAAGACAUUAUGUGUGUCCUCCCUUUGUGGUCUAAAGCUCUUGAUACCAAUACCAAUUGGUACUGCCUAUUGGUGUUUAUCGAUCAAUUAAGCUUAGGCAACCUUUGUGUGUCUACCAUCUUGCAUGCGGACUGUGCAACGCCACCAGAUGACCUACAUUUCGUUGAUAGCCACUGUAGUAGAAUCCAUGCAGCGAAAGUGUUAAUAACCCGCAAACCAGUUUCCCAGCCAGCAGUUGCAUCAUUUUCUAGACUCUUUCUUGGGUCUG